UCUUUGGUACCAGGGUUCAGCUGUGAUUUCGGACAAUGAAGGACAGGGUGUGCCCUAAAGAAGGAAGUCAACUGAACACAGGCAAUAUUAGUUGUGCGCAGAAAAGCCAACCCAUUGCCGAAAGCCUUCCUCCACAAAUUGUGGACUUCAGUCUCCGGGGCAAUGGCCGAUGACAACCGCGCGUGCGUAGGAGGCUUCGUUGAUACCACCGUUCACGUGGAUGUCAAGGAUUAUUACGGCAAGGUGCUGAAGAAAACCGAGGACCUGAAGAGCAAUGCCUGCGUGGCUCUGGCCAAACCCGUCCCUGCAUUCAUCCGCCAGGCUCUGAAGAAAGUGCACCCCGAAGUCACCGCCAGGUACUAUGGCUGUGGUCUGGUGGUGCCAGAGUGUUUGGAGGGCUGCAAGAUACUGGACCUGGGCAGUGGAAGUGGAAGGGACUGCUACAUGCUGAGUCAGCUGGUGGGCCAGAAGGGCCAUGUCACUGGCAUUGACAUGACUGAGGACCAGCUGGACGUGGCCAGGACACAUGUGGACUAUCACAUGAAGGAGUUUGGCUACAAGAAGCCCAACGUUAGUUUUGUCCAGGGCUACAUUGAGGCCCUGACAGAAGUGGGUUUGGAAAAGAGCUCAUUUGAUAUCAUCAUUUCCAACUGCGUGGUGAAUCUCUCUCCAGACAAGAAGAGAGUUCUGGCUGAAGCCUACAGCGUGCUCAAGGAUGGAGGUGAGCUGUACUUCAGUGACAUCUACAGCAGUGGAAGACUAACAGAGGAAAUUAAAAAUCACAAAGUCCUGUGGGGUGAGUGUGUUGGUGGAGCGCUCUGGUGGAAAGAUCUGCUGCUAUUGGCUGAAGAAGUGGGCUUCAGCCCACCACGGCUGGUCACAGCCAGCGUCAUCACGGUUGACAACAACGAGCUGCAGGACAUUCUGGGUGACUUCAAGUUCGUAUCGGCCACAUACCGCCUGUUCAAGGUCCCUCAAGGCAACACCAAGCCCUGUCGGGUCAUGUAUAACGGGAGCAUCACAGGGGUGGAGGACAGCUUCCAGUUUGACCGUCAAUACACAUUCAAGGUCGAUGACGUGGUGGAGGUUGACGGAGAGGUGGCCGCCAUCCUGACCCAGUCCAGAUUUAAGGCAGACUUCACUUUUCAGCCACCGGGAGGCCCCUGUGAGCCCCGCGGAGCCAAACUUAAGGAAGCCAUUGUGGAUCCUUUUGAGCUGGUCCUCCAGCUGGAGAAACCAAGUCCAGGUGCAGCCACAGGGGGGUGCUGCAGCACAAAGUCUGCUACCUGCUGCAAAUGAUGGUGGGAAGAGCACUGAGAGAUACAGGCCCAGCAUCAUGCUAUAUAUGAAUAAUGAAAGAUGUUCAAGUGUACUGACUAAGAGUAUGCCUUAUGAUGCAAUGGCAUUGAAAUAAAUCACUUGCACAUAAACAUGUGUCUUCUUG